AUGCAAUCCAUUUUUUAAUUUAAAAAAUUAUUUUUUCGUCGGAUCUUAUCAGCACUAAGUUGAAACCCUAGUUUUCUUAAAUUUUUUUUCCUCAUUCGAAGAAGAUGGGAUUAUGGGAAGCUUUUCUUAAUUGGCUUCGAAGUCUCUUUUUCAAGCAAGAAAUGGAGCUAUCAUUAAUAGGCCUACAGAAUGCUGGAAAAACAUCCCUGGUUAAUGUCAUUGCUACUGGUGGAUAUAGUGAAGAUAUGAUACCAACGGUAGGAUUCAAUAUGAGGAAGGUAACUAAAGGAAACGUCACGAUAAAAUUAUGGGAUCUAGGGGGUCAACCUAGGUUUCGAAGCAUGUGGGAGAGAUACUGUCGUGCUGUUUCAGCUAUUGUUUAUGUUGUGGAUGCUGCCGAUAACGAUAACUUAUCUGUCUCGAGAAGAGAGCUCCACGACCUGUUAAGUAAACCCUCAUUAAGCAGCAUUCCCCUGCUGGUUCUAGGAAACAAGAUCGACAAACCGGAAGCCUUGUCCAAGGAGAACUUGGCAGAGCAAAUGGGCCUGAAAUCGAUUACCGACAGAGAGGUUUGUUGCUAUAUGAUCUCAUGCAAGAAUUCUACCAACAUCGAUACAGUGAUCGAUUGGCUGGUGAAGCAUUCGAAAUCGAAGAAUUGAAUUCACAAGAAGUUUGUCUGUUGUUUUCCCAGCUUCUGUUGUAGUUGCUUCUUGGUACAGGGUGGUUGAAUAUAUGACUUCGAUGUGUGUCUGCCCAACAGGGUUUGUUAAUGUCUGAUCGACACCAUUGUCUUAAAUUUUCCAACUUGGCUCGAAUCAUAAGUAUUAUAUGAAGAGCGUUGGGAUUUGUUGAUAUCGAAUUUUAAGUUUUAUAUGUUUUUUGGACCGUUAGACAAUGAAAAUUGAUGGUUGAAAUUAA